GACGCGAUUAUACGCAGUAAUAGUGUGUAGGAUGCCUUGUAGAUGGUGACUAUAUAUGAAAUAGUGUAACAAUAUCUUGCAAUAAAUUGGAGAAAGAUUCAAGAGCUUUUUUGAAUGAGUUUGUUAUUUUUUUGUUAUGCUAGUAGUGCCAAGUCCCAAACACAAAUGUCCCAAUGUUUGUCAUUCCAACGUGGAUAGCAUAAUAGAAGCACAAAGGUUUCUUCAAAAGUGCUUCUCUGUCAUAAUUACUUGUCAUCUCUCUCUAUCUAUAGAUAUUCCUCAAAAUAACUGUGGAGGAUGUGAAGAAUUCGCGUUCAAAAACAGGGAAUACUAAGCAAUUUGUUGACAGGAGAAGGAAAUUGAAUGGCAAAAGUUUGUUGGCCAUAUUUUGAUCCUGAGUAUGAAAACUUCAGCAACAGAAUCAACCCUCCAAGGGUCUCUAUGGACAAUGAUAGUUGCCAUGAUUGUACAUUGAUCAAGAUUGAUAGUGUCAAUAAACCUGGAAUUCUGCUGGAAGUCGUGCAAAUCCUAACAGACCUUGACUUCAUAAUCACCAAAGCUUACAUAUCUUCUGAUGGUGGAUGGUUUAUGGAUGUAUUUCAUGUCACGGAUCAGCAAGGAAAGAAGAUAACAGACAUCAAAAUUAUCGACUUCAUUGAAAAGGCUCUAGGACCAAAGGGCCGCAAGAGCACAGAAGGUGUGAAGAGUUGGUCAGGCAAACGAGUUGGUGUGCACCCCGUUGGUGAUCAUACAGCCAUUGAGCUCAUUGGUAAGGACCGGCCAGGUCUCUUGUCAGAGAUCUCGGCUGUCCUUGCAAGCCUCCAAUUCAAUGUGAUUGCAGCUGAAGUUUGGACUCAUAACAGGCGAAUAGCAUGUGUUCUUUAUGUCAAUGACGCUACAAACCAAGCUAUGGAUAAUGACUCAAAAAGAUUGUCUACUAUUGAGGAGCAGCUCAACCACAUCCUGCGUGGAUGUGAGGAUGAUGAGAAAGUGGCUCGGACCAGUUUCUCCAUGGGUUUCACCUUCACCCACAUGGACAGAAGGCUCCACCAAAUGCUGUUUGCUGAUAGGGAUUAUGAGAGUGCCGGAGUAACCACAACAAAUGUUGAUUGUCCUCCUUCUUUCAGGCCAAAUAUCAGAAUAGAACGCAUUGAGGAAAAAGGCUACUCAGUCGUUAGUGUCAAAUGCAAAGAUCGGGCAAAAUUAAUGUUUGACAUUGUCUGCACUCUCACUGACAUGGAAUAUGUUGUUUUUCAUGCCUCAAUCUCAUCUGAAGGCCCUUAUGCAUCACAGGAGUAUUUCAUCAGGCACAUGGAUGGGUGCACACUUGACACUGAAGGGGAGAAAGAAAGGGUUGUCAAAUGCAUUGAAGCUGCUAUUCAAAGAAGAGUAAGCGAGGGUGUGAGCCUUGAGCUAUGUGCAAAGGAUAGAGUGGGCUUGCUGUCUGAAGUGACAAGGAUUCUACGAGAGAACGGCUUAACAGUUUGUAGGGCAGGUGUAUCAACCAUCGGAGAGAAAGGACUAAAUGUUUUCUACGUGAGAGAUGCAUAUGGAAACCCUGUGGACAUGAACAUUAUCGACGCACUGCGUAAAGAAAUCGGCCAGACUGUAAUGGUUAAUGUGAAGAAGGUACCGGGCAACACGAAAGCGCCAGAAACGUCUCGAGGAUGGGCUAGAGUAAGCUUCUUCUUUGGGAACUUGUUGGAAAGGUUCUUGAAUUAAUUAGAACGAGUUGAGAGAAUCAUGCACCUGAUUCUGGUUGAUGUGAUUUGUAAAUUACACAACACAAUUGUAUUUACAAGAAUAAAGGUGUUGUGUGUCAAAUUUGGACAGUGCUUAAACUUGGUCCUUUUGUUUCAAACCUAACAAUACUUGUAAGAUGUAACAUGUGUUCCCUCUUCUCUAUCA